AUGGAUCAAUUGAACAGAGGUGGAUUCACAUUCGAUAUGUGCAAGAGGAAUGAGUUGAUUGCAAAGACAGGUAUGAAGAUGCCAGGUUUCAUGAAGACUGGUACAACAAUUGUAGGUGUUGUAUAUAAGGAUGGAGUGGUGCUUGGUGCAGAUACUCGUGCCACUGAGGGCCCAAUCGUGGCCGAUAAGAACUGUGAGAAGAUUCACUACAUUGCCGACAACAUCUAUUGUUGUGGUGCUGGUACCGCCGCCGACACAGAGAAUGCCACUGGACUGAUCUCGUCCAAGUUGAAGUUGCACAAGCUGUCCACAGGCAAGGAGGUGCGUGUCGUCACUGCACUGACCAUGCUCAAGCAGAUGCUCUUCAAGUAUCAAGGACACGUCAGCGCUGCUUUGAUUCUCGGCGGUUUCGAUGUCACUGGUCCAUCAUUGCACACCAUCUACCCACACGGCUCCACCGAUCAGCUGCCCUUUGUUACCAUGGGUUCUGGUUCCCUCGCCGCCAUGGCCAUUAUGGAGGCCAACUAUAAGCCAGACAUGACUAGACAGGAGGCCAUUACUCUGGUAGCUGAUUCAAUCAAGAGUGGUAUAUUCAAUGAUCUGGGAAGUGGUAGCAAUGUGGAUGUUACAGUGAUCACAAAGGAUGGCGUUGAGGUGAUGAGAGGCUACGAGAAGCCCAACGAGCGUAAAUACAGAUCGAACCCAUACAUCUUUAGAAGUGGCACUACUCCAGUCAUCUCCCAUACCAUCGUCCCACCUCUUACAUCAAGAGUCACUGUCGAGGACGUUCCAAUGGAGACCAUC